AUGGCCAACCCAGACACCGCCAUGGCUGGUAUCAGCACGCCCGCGGCAACCAUAAUAGCCUGCCCUCUUCAAAAGGUCCCUCUUGAGGUCCUUUUGCGGAUAACGUCCUUCCUCACAACCCCCGAACUCGGCAACACCCGCCUGACGUGCCGUUCAGUCGAACAGGCUUUAUUCACUACAUUUACCAAUGAGUUCUUCACCCGCAAGCAGUUUAUGAUCUCCGAGACAAGUCUGCAGGCCUUGAUUGACAUAUCCAAGAGUCGUCUCAGUGGUUAUCUUCGGAUGGUCCACAUCGGGCUUGAUCGUUUCGCCUAUGCUCUUCAAGUUAGUGACCAAAACGCGCGAAAUAUCAGGCAGAAGCAGCUGCACGAUGGCCAGUUCUCAAUGUUGAGCACGGGUUAUCAUCGGGAUAUGCUCGCCGAAGCGUUCAGAAACCUCAGCAACCUUGAAGAUGUAGUUAUCCGCGACUUCAACUCCAACAGGCGUUCUCGCGACAACCCUGGCAAGCAAUGGACAAGCUAUGGGUCAACUACAGCGUUCAGAGAGACAGGGCAUCGUCCUGGCCAGGGAGGUGGCCAGGCUUGGGGCCCUUAUCCCUCGACAGCUUACGGAAGCUCGGUUUUUAUUUCUGUCCUUUUCGCGUUAGGACAAGCCAAUGCAAAGCCGAAGGGGAUCGAGUACAUGUCGAGAGCUAGGAAUCAUUUGCGGGACUGUGCCUUCAACAUCCCCUCCUAUAUGGAGCCCUCAGUGAUCCCGGUCCUGGAGAAUCUCGAAAAGUUGCACAUCGACAUCGAUCUACUCGGAGGAAACGACUUUCCCGUGGAUACUUCCGGCCACCCGUCCGAUAUGAUGCUGCGCGGAUUUCUCCUAAAGCUGAAAAAUAUCAAGCACCUGCGUAUCAACGAGACUCACAGUAGUGUUAACGGACCUGACAUGCUUCUCAAAUGGCUUGGGAGUGAGGUUUCUACUUCUGCUCCCGCCUCUCUUUCCGCCCCCCCUUCCGCCUCUGGCCCUGGCCCUGCCCCCGCCUCUAUCUCUCCCACCUCUGCUCCCUUAUCCUCUAUUCCUUCGCCGGAAUAUCCCCAGCUUGCAGCGCUGGAUUUUGGCAUGAUGAACGUGGAAGCACAGCAUAUACUAGCUGUUACCCGAAAGUUCUCAUCGACACUCAAGCGAUUAGAGUUGCACAAGAUUACACUUCGUCGACGCUUGCCUGAGGGUCAUACUGGCGCUUCCCCAAAGGUCAACAUGUGGAACAAAUUCCUCGAAAAGCUCAAGGAUAUCCCCAAUCUUGAUCUGCAUCACAUCAAAGUGAGUCUACCGCAACAACAUUGGACUUCACGGUCACGAUGCUUCGUUGCCUUUGAGGACACAAGAGACAAUGUCAGCCAAUAUACAGGCCCCGACUGGAAGCAUUUUGUCGAGCAUGAAAUGAGGACCAAAGUGACUGUGCAGUGGUCGCACGAAGACAGUGGUGACAGUGACGAUGACGAAGAAGAAGAAGACGAGAGUGACGGUAUUUGGGACCAAUAUGCGCUUGAUCUAUGA